AGGAGGAAGCCCAGGGCACCUCCCACACAGGCACAGACACCGACCACGUCGAUGAUGUAUGUGUCUUCCCCCAAUACACAGACCUGCCGAUGUUUAUAGUUAUUACGCGGAAAAAGGAAAACUACUCGCGCUAAGUUUUUCGCGCGGAAGCACGCGCUUACUUGUGCGUUUUUCGAGUCCUUCGCAUCACCUCGGCCUUGUCAGCCGUUCCCGUUUUACCUUAUAAUAAGUAUUUCAUUUCCUUUUAGACGCUCGCUUGCUUGUACCUCGCGAUGCCGUGAAAGCUGGCGCUGCUGGCCAGCGAUGAAACCCCAAUUCUCUUUUUCCCUGUUGUCGCGUAACACACCCACCACGCGGGAAACCCAAAUACAUUGAACAUUGACGCGAAGAAUGAUAGAGCAGUGUGCGUGUGUGUGUGUGUGUGAGACAUCGCGUGCGCAAACUUCGUUCUGCUGAGGGAUCACUUCAAAGCGUUAUCAUGCCGCACAUUGCAAAGCGAUCGGAGAGAAGACGGCUUUGGAGCUGCGUCAUCCGCUGCUUUAAGAAAAUGUUCUUUUUUUUUUCAAAAUAUUAUUUCACUUCAAAUACACGCUCCUGCCCAACUCCUGUGUUCUUCUUCUCUGCGUUACAUCGCCGCUUUGAACCUACGCAAUCCCCGGCAUGUUUCAUCGAAAACUUCGGUGACUGCUGUACUCUCCCCCUCGCUCUCCGGCACACAUCUCCUCAGUAUUCAUACACACAUAUAUUAUUUUCUUGCUCCGUUCUUCUCUCUUGCUGCUUUACACUUUCGAAAACAAUUUAUUUGCCUUUUCCACUCCUCUCUCUAUGUGCCUGUAGCGUAAGAGCUGAAGCUGGACGUAGCACGCCUGCGUUCAUGGUUGCCUGUGCCACUCCGCUCCCCUCUGAGAAGGAACUGCCUGAGGCGCUACGUGGGUGCUUGAAUUCGCAUCGGUAUUUACUUGCUUCCACCAUCAUCAUCUCUGUAGUCGUUUUUAUCUUUUCUUUUUUUGAUAGUAGAGGAGAAGUUGCAUAGAAACAAAGCAUCGAAGGUUAAAAGAGAAUAAGACGCAGUGGCUCACGCUUCCACGCACACCUCUCGCCUCAAGACAUCUACUGCUCGUUCAUAUUCAGCCUAUACAAGCGCACAGACUGCUGCGCGGUAAAAGCCUCUAUCAGCAUCACCAUCGCAUAGAAGCAUAGCAAAUACGAGGAAGCUGCAAACACCACGAACAAAUCAUAGAAAGCGGAGACACCUAUCGCAUUAAUCCUCCCCUCCCCCUCCCUUCCACCUCCCUUUCAAAGGAUGCGACGACGCGAAUGUCUCCCCGCCCAGAGGGCGUGCUCGCUAGUGGCUGUCUGGACAGCCGCACAUACCAGAGGAUACCGGCACCUUACCACCCCCGCCCCCGCAGUGAACUGUGCAGCAACGAUACCCGCCAAAACGGCACCAGGAAACGCGUCAGCACCGGGCGAAGGAGGCGACGGCGGCGGGAGCACUACCGCAACGACGGGGACGGCCAUUCGCACGCCUUCUGUCACAGCGGCAGUGGAGAGUCCCGGCAAAGGUAACAUGGACGGUAACCUCAAGAAGGCGUUAUCCACCAUCAUCACGUCCACCACCGCCGCCACCGCCGCCGCCGCGGCGACGGACGAUGAGGCGGUGGCGGCGGCAACGGAGCGCUUGCGAGCCGCACUGCGUGUGUUUUCCGUAAUAGAGCAAGCCAAGUCAGAUGAGCGGAAGCUGAACCUCUCGAAUUUGAUGGAGGAGGUGAGUCCGAUCGACGUUGAACCAGAUGGCGACGAGUCACCCUUGCCAGAGCACACGGACGGUUUAAAAGGAUUUACUACGACGAUGCCACCGCCGUCAGCCGCAGACGUCGCCACUGCCGGGGGCUCAAGCGGGAGCGACCGCCGUCGCAACACCACGGCGGCGCCGCUCGCGUCAUCGAUCUCGUGGGCGUCGGCCACGUCGUCGUGGAUUCGCAAUAAACGGCCGAAGUUUUGGGCCAUCGUGAACGACGCGGGCGUUGAGAGCUGCGUGGCCGUCAGCGGGCAAGAAACCGCCGCUGCAGUUGUCAACGAGAAGGCGAGGAGCGCGGCGGAGCUCGCUGCCUCCGCGGCUGGCACACCGGGAAAGGCAGAACCUAAGUCGUCCGAGGCAGCAAGCACGUCCGCGUCACCGUCGCUAGCGUCAUCACCCGUGAAGACCGCCAACAACGCCGCUCUGCCGUCCUCAAGCGGUGAAGAUGCCGCAUCACGCGUGUUGAGCUCUUCGAGGGAAGGGACAGACGCAGCGGCGCGUCAGGCCGCGCCGGCCAGCGCACAGAGCGUUCGCACUGCCAGCUCCGUCCCACCCUUCCGCAGCCGCUACAAGAAGGACGUGGCCCACGCCCUGUCUGAGCUGCUGAGCCGAGACCCCGCGCUCGGCCCUCAGCUGCUGAGUCAGCUGUCAGCCGAGAGCCGCCGCUUGCUGUUGAUCAUGGGAACCGCAAGCGAGUACUUCGGCGUCGACUACGGCGAGGUGGCGGAGCAAAUUAAAGAGGCGGACACCGACCGCGACAACUCGAUCUCGUCGAAGGAGUUUGAUGCGUGGGUGAACCACAUGGCGGGGAUGGCGUCCACACGCCGACACCGCGCACCGGCGACGGCGGAGUCUGGAAAAGAAGCGGCGUCGCCAUCGACCGAUUCAUCACGCUCUCCUUUGACCUCCGCAGCUCCGGCCGCAUCGUUAGCGAAGGCAGCACCUGGGGCGACCAGCACACCGGCAAAGGGCAAUCAGAGUACACAGGUGUCGACUCCCGUGUCUUCCGCAUCUGAGAAACCGGUCGCUGCGCAGACGCCAGCGGUGCCGUCCAAGGCAGCCGCCGUGCCCCCUCUUCCUCCUCCAUUGCAGUCCGAAGCCAACGUGUACGUCACGACACUCGUCGGUGGUCUUUCUCCGCAUCUUGUAGCACCGUCGGCCACCUUAUCACGGCAGCGAGCGGAGAUGGCCAUCGUCGCCGCACGUGCUGCGAGUGCCCGCAUCAUCGAGGUCCUGCAGAAGAACGUGACGGCGCUGCCGUCUUCUGCGUCCGCUGCCGCAGCCGCAGCCGUCGCCGCAACGGCCACGAUUACCGUGGGGAAAGGUGAUUCUGCCACGCAGUCAUCCUCGACCUCAUCACCGCCGUCGGCGCCGUCGCCGGGGCUGCAACGACAGCCGCCACCUGUCCAACCGUCGUCUCCUUCGGUGUCCGCCCAGGUGGCGACUUCGGCACCGUCGGCCUCGACAGGACUGGUGGCCGCAAAGCCGCCUUCCACGGGUGCCCAGGCCAUAGAGUACGUCCCCUCCACCAAGUGCGCCGAUGCCCCUCCCGCGAACACCGCCUUCGUCAACGCGACCACCACCUGCACCGCGGCAGGCGAGGUGCCCAAGGCUGUCAAGAGAGGCGACCCGGCGUACAUCCCGUGGCCGAUCUUCGCCAAAGUGGUGUGCGCCGCCGCACCGCCCUUUCUCGCGUUUGGCAUGCUCGACAACUGCACGUUGGUGCUCGCGGGCGGUGCGAUUGACAACAUUUUCUCCGUCAAGCUCGGCCUCUCGCAGAUGGCCGCCGCCAGUCUCGGCGGGGUCGUCAGCGGUGUAGCAGGGAUUCAAGUGCACGGCCUCGCUGAGCGCUUUACUCGCGCGAAGCCGCCGCAGCUGACGGCGGCGCAGGCGCACAGCGACGCCUACCGACGCGCCGAGACCACUGGCAACACGCUGGGGAUGGUGGUGGGUCUUGUGAUCGGUAUGACGCCGCUGCUGUUUGUGGGACGCGCCUCACAGGAUACGGAGGAAGAGGCUGAGGAGGAGCGGCAGCGGUUUCAUGAGGAGGCGGCGCGCAGUCAUCAACGGCGGUGUAGGAGCGUGGAGAAGGCGGAGACGCUGGUGCGGCAUGCGCACGUAGCGGACGAACACACGGCGCGUGAGGAGAUAGCGACGGCGUACGCAGCAACGCCGGCCCCGUCUGCACCAUAG